AUGGUACCAUAUUUGGACAUUUCUGAAACGAACGCGUUAUCAGCAGCUUUUGAUUAUAACGGCUUACAUUGGGCUGCAAACGCAGUUUCAGCAGGAGCUAUCCUGUCGCUGUCGUGUAUCGUUAUUUCCAAUAUCAUGUGCAUAUCACGAUUGACCUAUGCAAUAGCUUCUGAAGGACUUCUGUUUAGAUUUUUGGCUCGAGUUAAUGCAAGAACGCAGGUGCCAAUAAUUGCCACAGUUUGCGGGGCGAUGAUAGUAAUUCCGACUGCUUUUUUCGUACCACUUGAAGAUUUAGCAGAUAUGAUGGAAUUUGGAAAUCUCGUGGCGUACGCGUUUAUCGCGUUUGCAGUGAUCAAACUUCGAACGACAAUACUAGAAUUUCCAAAACACGACUGGUCAACUGAUUUAUGCGAUGAAGCAAGCAGCCUUCUUGGGAAUGGAAACGAAAACAAUUCCCCGAAAACUAUAUUUCACGAAAUAUCCAAAUCCGACAAGAACCAACCUGGGUUUUGUUUGGCAUUUUUCUGGUCGAAUUCUUGUAUCACUGAUUAUGGGGACGACAAUGGAUACAGAGUACCUUUCGUGCCAGUUUUACCCGCCUUUUCGGUCUUCGUGAAUUUCUACUUGAUGACUCAGCUAAGUUUGGUGACUUGGGCCAGAUCAGCUAUUUGGGUUACCUGUGGACUCUUAAUAUAUUUCUUCUAUGGGGCAAAGAACAGUUCUUUGGAGGAAAAGGAAUUAGACGAUUCCAGCAUAGAAUGCGAAUGA